UAAUGCAGAGGAAACUGGUUUAUCAGUGUCCUCUUUGGUAUGUAAAGCCUGUUUUGGGACCUGUAGCCUGGAGAUUUCUUAGAGAUUUGGGAGGGAUGAAAUCUCCAAUCCUGGGCCCAUAUUUUGGGAGCAGCCAGCGUGCUGAUUGCACAGAUGUGUGCAGGCCUUUUAGUGGAGGCCAGGCCAUGAUUCUGGGCUCCACCCAAGCAGACGGGAGGGUCUCUGCCUAGGAGUCAGGAGGGCGCCAACCCGGCAGGCAGGAGGUCACUGCCUUGGAGUCAGGUGGAAGCCAGACUAGCUGUGUGCUAGAAGU